AUGGAGUACAUCUUGAAGGAGCAUGGAGGAAGGCUGCCUGUUCACAUCAAGGCCGUCCCCGAAGGCAUGGUUAUCCCCACAAAGACUGCUUUGUUCACCCUUGUCAACACUGAUCCCAAAUGCUUCUGGCUGACUAACUUCUUGGAGACGUUGCUGGUGCAGGUUUGGUGCCCGAUGACCGUCUGCACACAAAGCCGAGUUCAGAAGAUCUUCAUCGCCAAACACUUGGAGGAGACGGGAAACACAGACUGGACGAUCCCCAGUGGCGUCUGCUUCAAACUGCAUGACUUCGGCUUCCGCGGAGUUUCCUCCGUUGAGUCUGCGGCAAUUGGUGGAUGUGCCACCUGGUGA